AUGGCUGCCCCACUCAUUGCUAUGGCGGUGGCUCUUCGCCGUCGCCGACGUGGACACGGAGAGCCGGACAACGCGUUUGACAUGCCGGAUGACCAUUUUCGACAGCAUUUUCACCUCUCGAAGGAAACGGUGCGGUUGUUGUGCGAGGACCUGGCGGGGGAACUAAAAGCGGAGCGCGCGACGGGACUGUCGGUGGAGCGGAAGGUUUCGUGCGCGCUGCGCUUCUUUGCUACCGGGAGCUUCCAAGCGUCCGUAGGGAGUAAGGAGAUGAUCCGGGUGUCGCAGUCGACCGUGAGCGAGUGCGUGCGACGCGUGGCAAAGGCUGUCGUGAACCCAGCGGCCCGCAAAAAGUCAGUCCAUUUUCCCAAGACGUCCGAGGAAAAGGCAGCUGUGAAGGAAGGUUUUCUUCGGCGCUGUGCUAUUCCCGGCGUCAUCGGAUGCGUGGACGGCAGCCUCGUUGCCAUUAUCGCAGCCAAAGGUGAGCACAAGGCUGCAUUCAUGUGCCGCAAGGGAUACUACGCCCGUACUACACUGCAUAUCUGCGACGCGGACAUGAGGAUCCUGACCGUGUAUCCUAUGCGACCGGGGUCGGAUUACGACUCAUUCCUCUGGCGGACGACGUGGCUACGCCGGCGGUUCCAGGCGGCGCGCAUCGCGAAUCCCGCUGAAUACCUCAUCAGUGACAGCGGCUACCCCUUGGAUCCGUGGCUCCUUACCCCGGUUCCCGGCCAUCUUCCUAUGCAAAACGCCGAGAAGUACAACAGGGCACAUGCCGCCAUGCGUUCCGUAGUGGAGAGGUGUAUUGGGCUUUUAAAGAGUCGUUUCCGCUGUCGGCAGCGGUACCGCAUCCUUCUCUACGAGCCAGAACAUGUGGCCAACAUUGUCGCUGCAUGUGCUGUAUUGCACACACAAUCUUUGGCUGUCUGA